UGCAUGGUCCCGGGGAGCCGUAAAGAGGGUGUGUAAGUGUCGGAAGAGCUGUCGGGAUGCAGCAGGCAAGAGGAGCAGUAGGAGGCCGUGGCUGCGCUCUCUUUCCACUGCUGAGCAUCCUAGUCGUCCAGGGUGUGCGUAUCGUCCUCUCCUUGGAGAUUAGUGCAGAUGCUCAUGUCCGAGGAUAUGUAGGAGAGAAGAUCAAGUUGAAAUGCACCUUCAAGUCCUCUUCAGAUGUCACUGACAAGCUGACCAUAGACUGGACAUACCGCCCUCCCAGCAGUAGUCGCACAGAAUCUAUCUUCCAUUAUCAGUCCUUCCAAUACCCGACUACAGCAGGCACUUUCCGAGACCGGAUCUCCUGGGCCGGAAAUGUCUACAAAGGGGACGCGUCCAUCAGCAUCAGCAACCCCACUCUAAAGGACAAUGGGACGUUCAGCUGUGCUGUAAAGAACCCUCCAGACGUGUACCACAACAUCCCCCUAACGGAGCUCACCGUCACCGAGAGGGGUUUUGGCACCAUGCUGUCCUCUGUGGCCCUUCUCUCCAUCCUGGUCUUUGUCCCCUCGGCAGUGGUGGUCAUUCUGCUGCUGGUGCGAAUGGGGAGGAAGGCAACAGGGGUGACUAAGAGGAGCAGGUCUAGCUAUAAGAAGUCUUCCAUUGAAGUUUCCGAUGACACUGACCAGGAGGACAGCAACGACUGUAUGUCCAGGCUUUGUGUCCGCUGUGCGGAGUGUCUGGAUUCAGACUAUGAAGAGGCAUACUGAUGAAGUGUGUGCGAUGCAUGAAGUAUUACCUAACGACAGGAAAUAUCUCAUUCCCCUGGGCCAGGAGUGCCACUGGUGGGGACAGCAGUGACAGAAGAUUCUGAAGGUCAUCAGUGAAGACCUUAAGGACCAUUUAUUUAUUGAAGAAACAUUUAUUUUGUAUUUAUAAACUGUUCAGAAACUCCCAGAAGGGACUCAUGACUUCCCUUCUUAAUACACUCUAACUGAACAAAGAAAGUCUCGGACAGAAACACCGUGUUUAGUUUACCUACGUUCUUGAAUGUAGUUCGAGGUUUCUUCCAGUUGCCUGAUGGAGACCAAAUGUCUGUCACUCUGCUGAUGCCAAAAUUGUACUUUUUAAAUGGUGUGGAACUUGUAGCUUCCUGAUGAUGUGCCAAUGAGCAACGAGCCCAUUUGGGAGGGAGAGCCU